AUGAUGAACGGCUCUGACCUGAAAAAAGCCGCCAUCAACCAGGCCAAGAAGGUUGCGACCACCGCUGCCCUCGCCGCCAACGGCAACGGCCAGAAGAAGAGAAGGAAAGGCGAUAACCUCAAACCCAUCAUCACCACCGACAAUCCCUCAUCUACCAUUCACGAUUCACCCACCCAAGCUGACCCAGAAUCUCCCUCCUCCUCCACAUCCGAUGAAGACCCCGCCGAAACCACCGCCGAUGAAGAAGACUCAGAAGACUACUGCAAAGGUGGUUAUCACCCUGUCCACGUCGGCGAAACGUACAACAAUGGAAAAUACAUCGUCGUGAGAAAACUCGGCUGGGGUCAUUUUUCUACCGUCUGGCUUUCGAGAGAUACUUCGACGGGCAAGCACGUCGCACUCAAAGUCGUCCGGUCAGCAGCGCAUUACACUGAGACCGCUAUUGACGAGAUCAAGUUGCUGAACAAAGUCGUCCAAGCCAACCCGAAUCACCCGGGUCGAAGAUAUGUCGUCAGUCUCCUCGAUUCCUUCGAGCACAAAGGACCUAAUGGUGUCCAUGUUUGUAUGGUUUUCGAAGUCUUGGGCGAAAAUCUCCUCGGCUUAAUCAAAAGGUGGAAUCAUCGAGGCAUCCCCAUGCCUCUUGUCAAACAAAUCACAAAACAGGUUCUUCUUGGUUUAGAUUAUCUCCAUCGCGAAUGUGGUAUCAUCCACACCGAUCUAAAGCCAGAAAACGUAUUGAUUGAGAUCGGCGACGUCGAGCAGAUUGUCAAAGCUUUCGUCAAAGACGAAAAGGAUUCCAGCAAAGAUGACAAUCGAAAUGGUCGAAGAAGAAGACGGACUCUCAUCACAGGUAGUCAACCGUUACCCAGUCCCCUUAACGCCAGCUUCACGAAUCUAGACAAGGUCGCCAAUACCCAUCAGCAUCAACCUAGCAGUUUGAAUCAGGUCCUGACAGGAUCGACAGCCAACAAACAAGGCGAAGGCCUUUCGAUGCUUGAGCAACUGAAGUUGAAGACAAAAUCACAUAGCGACGAGAGUUCUGCGUCCGGCAAGUCAAGAGAAGCAACCACGGAUCCUCUUGAAAAAGACUUAGCCGGUGUCUCUCUCGACAGCAAAAAGCCAACUGAAGCCGAGAAAGUCCUGAAAGCCGCCAAACAUGAGGACGAGCCAUUGGGAGAGAUCAUCUCGGUCAAAAUUGCGGAUUUGGGCAAUGCCUGCUGGGUAGGCCAUCAUUUCACAAAUGAUAUCCAGACUCGGCAAUAUAGGUCUCCAGAAGUCAUCCUCGGGUCUAAAUGGGGCGCCAGUACUGAUGUGUGGAGUAUGGCAUGCAUGGUCUUUGAGCUGAUCACUGGUGACUAUCUCUUCGACCCUCAAUCAGGUACCAAAUAUGGCAAAGAUGAUGAUCAUAUUGCGCAAAUAAUUGAGCUACUCGGACCGUUUCCCAAGUCUUUGUGUUUAUCUGGCAAAUGGUCCCAAGAGAUAUUCAAUCGAAAAGGCGAACUUCGAAAUAUCCAUCGCCUGCGACACUGGGCUCUACCCGACGUUCUGCGAGAAAAGUAUCAUUUUUCGCCUGAAGAGGCAAAGAGAAUAGCCGAUUUCCUGAUCCCCAUGUUGGAACUACCACCCGAGGCCCGGGCUAAUGCUGGUGGGAUGAGCAACUCUGAGUUCACAAAAGGAACCAAGGGAAUGGAUGCCGUCACUCUGGAUAUUCCCGUUGGCAGCAAAGGCGAUGGGAUUGAGGGCUGGGCGACGGAGAUCAAGAAGAGAUGA